CAAUAUUUCAGCGAAUGGCCCUUGCUUGUUAAUCAUUGUUUAAUCAAAUAAUUACGGAUGCCUGUUUCUGUUGAUUACAUCUUUUGUCCAUUUUCCAGUUCAAUGCUUUGCCCUAUGCAUUUAUAAAUCUGAGUUUCUAUUCUCAUUGUGCACGUUUUGUAACUAGUCUUCGGGUUGUGUUCUCAUUCUAAUUAAUUGAAAUAGUAUUAGACGUACGAUUUUCGGUAUAAAUGUUUUGUUGGACUGGGAAACGCUUCUGACAACUACCCUGUUCAUGAUUGUUAGGGUUUUGUAUUAGAGCUUACUAUUCGUUGAUUCUGGUACUUUCAAAUUGGAAAUUCAGAGCUCAUGUUUCCAAGUCAGAAUUGUCAGUUUCCUAGUUCCGACUAGCACGAGAACGAGGCAUAAAUGCCUAAAUUCCUGCGUGGGAAUCCUGAGAUGCAUAUAGUUCCAAAGAAGAUCACUGUAGGCCUCUGUUUAACAUGAUUGAAAAUUAUCUAGUGUGAGACCUGUAAUAACAGUUGCUCAUAUUUGUAACUACCUUGAAUGUUAGUCGACAUGUACAUUACAGGUUGACAUGGGAGUGCAAAUUCAUUCCUGUCCGUCUAUCCUGUACUGUCCUGAUUCUGCAACAGUUCUAUAACCCCGAAUCAUAAUCGUUCCUGUCCAGUCCCGUGCUAAAUUUUGGCUGAAUGAGUGUGCACCUAGUCAUUUAGCGAUGUCUGUGUUACAUUAACAAUAGACAUUCAUUGUAUUAAUCUGUUUCAAUGUAUAUAAUGUGUGCUGAGUCAUUUGACUCUCUCACAAAAUCAGUCACAUAUGCCGAUUGAGAUGUCUGUCUGUACCCAUUUAAAGUUAUGUAUUGAAAUGACAACGUAUUCCAUAAAAAAUGUAUAUCAAGAUUUAAGGGUCUGGAGUCUGGACACAUUAUUAAAAAUAGUCCUGGACUAAAAAAACACUUUCAAACUUAAUUUGGCCACCUGUUCCUCCUCAAAAAGUAUUGAGAGCAUGAGGAUUCAGGGCCCCCCUCCACAAAUACACACAUGUUCACACCACACACAGACAUAUACACACACACAGUGUGAUCAGGGUGUAUGUAAUGCUAAUGUGCUGGGUGGUGAUCUUUGAUUAGUUAAUAAGUAACUGUGUGUCUUAAAUGGGAACCAUAGUGUGUGUCAGGUGAUUCCUAGUUGGGUCUGUGCUGUGGUGAGUGCCCCAACCCCUCAGUGGAUCAGUCAGAGGCAUUGCAGCUCUCCAGUAUCUGCUGAGCGUUUGGAAAAGUUGAAUGGACAGUGGCAGAGUAAGGACUGAGAAAGUGAUUCAAAAAGAGGAAAAGACAAAAGAGGAUUUUGAUCAUACAAGGACAACAUUAUUGGAUUGGAAUUUCUUCUCAACUUUCAAAAUAACAAUGGAACUGUCUCUGGCUCACCCGGCUCUCAAAGCCUUUAUGUGUGGCUCUCUCAGUGGAACAUGCUCCACCCUGCUCUUCCAGCCUCUGGACCUGGUCAAGACCCGCCUGCAGACCCUUCACAGCAACAUGCAGCCUGGUUCAGCAAGAGUGGGGAUGGUGACUGUGUUCUUAAGUGUUGUACGGACAGAGAAGCUCAUAGGACUUUGGAAGGGGGUCUCACCAUCGUUUGUGCGGACUAUCCCCGGCGUAGGGAUCUACUUCAGCACCUACUACUCUCUGAAGCAGCACUACUUCUUGGAGCAGGGCCCCGGGGCCAUGGCGUCUGUGCUGCUGGGAGCUGGGGCCAGGACUGUGGCAGGGGUCUGCAUGCUACCUGUCACUGUCAUUAAGACUCGCUUUGAGAGUGGCAGGUAUAACUACGUGAGCGUGGCAGGGGCUUUGCGCAGUGUGUGUCAAACAGAAGGACCCAGAGCUCUGUUCUCAGGGCUGACCGCCACCCUCCUCAGAGAUGCUCCCUUCUCAGGCCUCUAUGUCAUGUUCUACAGCCAGGGCAAGAACACUCUGCCACAGGAGAUAAGCACGUCUCCCUACGCACCCCUGGCUAACUUCAGCUGUGGGAUUCUGGCCGGGGUCCUGGCUUCCCUGGUCACCCAGCCAGCUGACGUGGUCAAAACCCACGUCCAAGUCAGCCCACAUCUGUACAAGAGGACUGCAGACGCUGUGCGAUACAUUUACAAUGAGCACGGGUUUCCUGGGUUCUUCCGGGGUGGGGUGCCACGUUCUCUGAGGAGAACGAUGAUUGCUGCCAUGGCAUGGACGGUGUAUGAACAGAUGAUGGCCCGCAUGGGGCUCAAGUCCUGAGGAGGGAUGACAAAAAAGAGGGAUGACAAGAAGAAGGGAUGACAAGUCCUGAAGAGAGAGAAUGAAAUGAGGAACGUGUGUGGACCGAGGAAGAAAGUGAAAGUCAAGUCACAGAGGACAAACCAUUAGUGAGGAGUGCCCUGGAAGGCACUGCUGUGUUUGUGUCUUAAGACUGCCUAGUUGUGAGAGUUUGCCAAUGGACUUAUUCACUGACAUACAGUAUUCUGCUAUAACAUUAUUAACACAUUGCAAAGAUAUGAUGCCUCAAGGACUGGUAUCCAUACUUUGACAGAAAGAUGGGGACUAGUAGUGUCUGUAUAUUUGAAUGGAUUGCAAUAGUUUUGCAUUGCACAAUAUUGUCUGUCUUCAUUGUAUGUGAGGCUACACCAAACAAGACUUUAAUUUAUUUAUUCUACUGGGCUACUUUCAAAAUUCUAUAUUGCACUAUAAGUCCUAAAAUAUUUUUGGUCCCUAACUAGCCACUGGACUCCCAGCCACACUGACUGUUUAAGCUGCUCCAGGCUUUAGAUAUAUAUCCCACUGUAGAAUGUACAAUGUUAGGUACCUGUUCUCCCUAGACUUUAGCACAACUUGUAUCUGCUUGUCUUUAAAUUGAAGGUAAAGAACACUAAUUGCUUAACAUACUGAUCCUUAGCUGGAAAUGCACUUUAACCACUUCCGUAAUCUAAAACCCUGGAGUGUCUCAUGCCGCAGUGAGUCUACCUGCCUUCCCUUUGUGCCAAGCUAUUGCCACUGUUCUAAGAUAUUAUUCUGGUAGAGAUGUUGUAACAUAUAAUAAGCUUUGCUUGCUGUCCAUUUGAGCUCUACAGUUGAUUUGCCUUAGAAGGGUAUUAUAAUUGUUCAUGUUUUCAUAUUUGAUAUAAUUUAUUACUGUUUAUCGUAAUGGUGAAUAAUUAUGCUGGUGUGUUGAAGAGAACAUUUUAAAAAAAUGUUGAAAGAAAAUGUAUAAAAUGAUAUAAGAAUA